CAUUACUUCAGCUGAGCAUAAUACCAAGAAAGAAUCAAGAUGAAAUCUGUGGUGAUAUUGAUGUGCCUGUUUGGUCAUUCCAUGGCUGUUCCAAUUCCUGAGAGUGGAAGCAAUGAGCAGGUUGCAGCACAUGCCAACGAGGCCCUGCGGUGGAUGGAACUUUACAGAAUGUAUAGUUCUCUUGCACAACAGGGCUUUGGGGCAACAACUUCAAGUCCCAAUGCUGAUAAGGUGUAUGCCCGAGCAGCAGCUUCACACAAUGUGUUCUACCCACCACCAGCACCAAUAAACUCUGACGAGGAGGCCCCAGCGACCCGCUAUGGUGCAUACUUUCCCUACCCUGGCCAUACAGCCCCUCUGAACUCUGAUGAGGUUGAAGAGGAUGCUGCUGCCACUGAAGCAGAGGCAGAGCCAGCAGAGAAUCAUCCCGUAUUAGAACAAACAGUGGUGGAACCAGUGGUUUUGGACACCAUCGCAGACCUGGCUCCUGCAGCCUCAGUUAACCCUGCCCCGGAGGGAACUAUCGACAUGGCUGACAUUAACCCUGUUUCCACUGAUGUCAUUGAUCCUUCUCUCAUAACUCCAACUGACAGCAUUUUGGUGGCUGAGCUUGUUGUAUAGGAGCAACAGCAAUGGAGAUUUUCAUCCCAUAGCCAUGGUAACAAAGAGGCAAAAGCAAUUGUGAUAGGAAAAAAGCAGAGAGCAGGGAUAGUGUAUGGAAUGAAUGGCUACUGGAAUUACUGGAAUAAUAUUGAUGUUUGAGUUUUCUUCUUACCAAUGUGUCUCAAACUUUAAAACUGAACCCACUGCUAAUAUAGAGGACUAAAUGUGAUAUCAUAUUAA